UGGUUUGCAGUUGAACAUAGCGCGUGAGCUCCCCGCCCACCUGGCAUUACUCACUCACUCGGACCACCUUGACGGACGCUGUGAGAAGCUACGGUUAGAAUAUAGCAAGCUGCGAGUUGCUUUUCUUUCAAAGGACAUUCUACUACUCUAUUCUACAAUGCGUGAAUGCAUCUCUAUUCACGUAGGCCAGGCUGGGGUCCAGAUGGGCAACACCUGCUGGGAGCUUUACUGUCUGGAACACGGCAUCCAGCCAGACGGCCAGAUGCCGGACUGCAAGCCAGUAGGAGGCCACGACGACUCUUUCACCACCUUCUUCAGUGAUACUGGGGCUGGGAAGUACGUCCCUAGAGCGAUCUUUGUUGACCUGGAACCCACUGUCAUUGAUGAGGUGCGCACCGGAACGUACCGUCAACUAUUCCACCCAGAACAGCUGAUCUCAGGAAAAGAAGAUGCAGCCAACAACUACGCCCGUGGACACUACACUAUUGGCAAAGAGAUCAUUGACUCCGUACUAGACAGAAUCCGCAAAUUGGCUGAUCAGUGCACGGGUCUCCAAGGCUUCCUGGUCUUUCACUCUUUUGGUGGAGGCACUGGCUCAGGUUUCACCUCCCUGCUGAUGGAGAGACUCUCUGUUGACUUUGGCAAAAAGUCUAAGCUUGAGUUUGCUGUCUACCCGGCCCCCCAGAUUUCCACAGCUGUAGUAGAGCCUUACAACUCCAUCCUGACCACCCACACCACCCUGGAGCACUCCGACUGUGCCUUCAUGGUGGACAACGAGGCCAUCUACGACAUCUGCCGCAGGAACCUCGAUAUUGAACGCCCGUCAUACACCAAUCUGAACAGGCUCAUCAGCCAGAUUGUCUCGUCCAUCACUGCCUCACUUCGCUUUGAUGGAGCCCUGAAUGUUGACCUGACAGAGUUUCAGACCAACUUGGUGCCUUACCCUCGUAUCCACUUCCCUCUGGCCACCUAUGCUCCAGUCAUCUCUGCAGAGAAAGCCUACCAUGAGCAGUUGUCAGUUGCUGAGAUCACCAACGCUUGCUUUGAGCCAGCAAAUCAGAUGGUGAAGUGUGAUCCUCGUCAUGGUAAAUACAUGGCCUGCUGUCUGCUGUAUCGUGGUGAUGUGAUGCCCAAAGAUGUCAACUCUGCUAUUGCAGCCAUCAAGACCAAACGCACCAUCCAGUUUGUAGACUGGUGCCCCACAGGCUUCAAGGUGGGCAUCAACUAUCAGCCUCCAACAGUGGUUCCUGGAGGAGACCUGGCCAAGGUGCAGAGAGCUGUGUGCAUGCUGAGUAACACCACAGCCAUCGCUGAGGCCUGGGCCCGUCUCGACCACAAGUUUGACCUAAUGUACGCCAAGAGAGCCUUUGUCCACUGGUAUGUUGGGGAGGGCAUGGAGGAGGGAGAGUUCUCAGAGGCCAGAGAAGACAUGGCUGCCCUGGAGAAGGAUUAUGAAGAGGUUGGGAUUGACUCCUUUGACGAAGAAGAGGAAGGAGAGGAAUAUUAGAUGUGCUUAGUUGGCAUUUGCCAUUUUUUUUCGAUGACAUUGUCUAUUUAUUAAAUAGACAAUUUGUUUCAAAUUUAGAAAUAAUCUUUGGUUUUAAUUUACCUUUUUUUUAAAGUAAAAAAUUGACCUACCUACCUGUAAAGUUGCUUUGUUGUGCCAUCAAAAUUACUUUAGACAGUUUUUGUUUAAAUGUAUUUCAUCAAUAAGACAGAACAUUGGUCAAUAACCUGAUUUUUAUAAGUUUGAAACAUCUAUUGUUUCUCAAUAAAUCUUUCCCCAU